AUGCACACUUUCCGAUCCCCACAAAAAAUCCGCUUCACGCAUGAAAAUAUUGACAAUAAUAAAAUAGCAGAAGACGUUUAUACAUUACACGGAGAAGACGAAUUGCCAUUGUGUUUAUGUCCCAAACGUGGAUAUAUUGGUAUAACAACAACAAUUCUGUUUCCUUGUAGCAAUAGGUUCAGAACUGUUGAUUCAUGUAAUGGAACUUUCUGUUUGAAGACUAAAAAUGGUUUGACUCUAUGGAACCCUUCAAUCAGACGCAAAGUAAGAGUGCCUGAAUGUCCUCGGAGUUCUGAACUCGCUUUGGGAGGUAUUGGGUUUGGAUUUGACCCAAUCAGUGAUGAUUACAAAAUUGUUUGGAUAUCAUAUGAAAAAGACACUUCAUUUGUUUAUGCAGUGAAGACGGGCACUUGGUGUGAAGUUGCUUCCCCUAAACCAGUUUACUUCUGUGUUAUAUGA